AUGCCGGACGCAGUCCUGAAGCCACAUCAGUGGGAGGUCAUGCGGGCUUUGGCCGAGAUUGCGAUCCCAAGCAUUCCCGCCAGCGCAGAUGCUGUAGCUAGUGUUUGUCGAUUGCCAGCAGUGUCUCAGGACGACAAUGCUCGGUUAGGACACUAUGAUUCCGAGGCCCCAACGCCGGCGCCGGCGAGCUACGCCGAACAGUAUCUGGAGGAAACAUUGGUCUCACUGGAUGGCUUCCAGGAGUUCAUUGAGCGACUCUUCGGACAAUAUAUACACCCCGAGGGCCGAAAGGGGAUUCUCUUCAUCCUAGACGCCCUGAGUUCUCGCCCGGGAUCGUUGCUCCUCACGGGCAGCACAACGCCAUUGCAUCGCCAGCCGCUCGACGCCCGCGAGAAGAUCUUCCAAGGAAUGAGGACCUCAAGACUUGCACCACUGCGCUUGGUAUCUCGCAUCCUCCUGCUGAUCUUCAAAAGAGCGUGGACGGCCUUGAGCCCGAGCAUCCCUGGUCUCCUGGGUCUUAGCACGCGGUCAUCCGUGCAUCUCAAGCGCGCAGACGGGACUGCGUACGAAUUUGUCCAAUUCCCCGCCGCCACCAGCGGUGAAACGGAUCCUCCUUCACUCGACGCCGACGUCGUCAUCGUAGGCAGCGGGUGCGGCGGCAGUGUUGCAGCCAAGAACCUGGCCGAGGCAGGCUUCCGCGUGGUCGUCGUGGAAAAGUCGUAUUACUUCCCGACCUCGGCAUUCCCCAUGACGCCGCUUGAGGGAAACAUGAAUCUAUACGAGAACGGCGGAUUCCUCGCGACGGACGACGGCAACAUGGCGGUUCUCGCGGGGUCCACCUGGGGCGGGGGCGGGACCAUCAACUGGUCCGCGUCGCUGGCGCCGCAGGGCUACCUGCGCGAAGAAUGGGCCGCCAAGCACGGGCUGGACCUGUUCACGUCACGGCAGUUCCAGGAAUCCGUCGACAGGGUGUGUGACAGGAUGGGCGUGGAUGAUUCGCAGAUUGAGCACAGCUUUGGGAACCAACUCGUCCUGAACGCCGCGCAGAAGCUGGGAUACAAUGCAAGGCCCGUGCCGCAGAACACGGGGCAUGGCAAGCACUACUGCGGUCACUGCCACUUGGGCUGCGCGUCUGCAAUGAAAAAGGGCCCGAGGGAAACGUUCCUGGCCGAUGCCGCGGAGAGCGGGGCCGUCUUUAUCGAGGGGUUUGAUGCCCAUAGGGUUAUCCUGGGGCAAUCUGGGCGCAGCGGUAACCCGGCGGCCGUCGGCAUUGCAGGCACUUGGACGUCUAGGGCUAUGCAUUUUGGGCACGGUCAGGAAAGCGGCCCCCUUGUUCGUCGACGUGUGGAAAUCCGCGCCAAGAGAGUCAUUGUCGCGUGCGGGUCGCUUCAGAGUCCGCUCCUGCUCCGACGGAGUGGCAUGCGAAAUCCACAUAUUGGUCGCCAUUUAUACCUCCAUCCAGUGCUCGCAUCCGUUGCGGUAUUCGACCAGGAUGUUCGUCCCUGGGAAGGAUCCGCGCUCACCACCGUGAUCAGCGACUGGGAGAAUCUAGACGCCAAGGGCCAUGGGAUCAAGAUCGAAACGCCAGCAAUGCUCCCUUCCACCGUCCUACCUCUUCUCCCCUGGCACAACGGGACGGACUUCAAGGUCUUGGCAUCCAAGAUGGGUCGCAUGGCCGGGUUUAUAUGUCUCGGUCGUGAUCGAGACAGCGGGCGCGUCUACCCGGAUCCCACCGACGGCAGUUGCAGGAUUGAGUACUCGACGUCCAACUUUGACAAGCACCAUCUCAUCGAGGGGCUCAUCGCAUGCGCGAAAAUGGCCUACGUUUCCGGGGCAGCAGAAUACCGCACGACUUGUUCCCAGAUUCCUCCCCUACUUAUUCGCGAACCAGCGACGACGGAUGCCAGAGUCCCAGAGCAGAAUGACGCGCACUCGCAGGACGGGCUCAACAACCCUGUUCUACGUCGAUGGAUCACAACAGUCCGCAGCCUCGCGCCCCUCGAUAACGAAAAGACGGUCUUUGCGAGUGCGCAUCAGAUGGGGACGUGUCGGAUGGGCACAUCUCCGCGGCACAGUGUUGUGGAUCCCCAUGGGCAGGUUUGGGGCACAAGCGGGCUGUACAUGUGCGAUGCGUCAGUUUUCCCGAGUGCUAGUGGCGCGAAUCCCAUGAUUACGAAUCUGGCCAUCGCGGAUUGGACGAGUCGGGGGAUUGCUGCUGGUCUUGGACAGGAGAUGACAACAAUAUCACGGGCGAAUCUGUAG